GGCCUUUCUGCGCGUGUCCGGGGAGCCUGACCAGGUGCUUGGACGAACAAGCCGGUGCACCGAUCGCGUCCACCCAGCAGCAGGGACCAAGCACAGGCUCAUCCUUGAGUCCCAUCCAAACGGGCUCUUGUGCUUUGUUGCGCCCAGAGCGCAGGAUACCCAAACACUGCACCUGCCGGCGACCCCAACCCAACGGGAGAGGUGGACAUGAGGUUGGCAGGUCCCCUCCGCAUCUUGGCCCUGGUUGUCACCGUGGGCCUGACCUGGAUCGUGGUCAGCAUCCUCCUGGGUGGGCCUGGCACCGGCUUUCCUCGAAUCCAGCAACUCUUCACCAGCCCAGAGAACUCAGUGACUGCAGAGCCACGAGCCAGGAAAUACAAAUGCGGCCUGCCCCAGCCGUGUCCCGAGGAGCACCUGGCCUUCCGCAUGGUCAGCGGGGCCGCCAAUGUCAUCGGACCAAAGAUCUGCCUCGAAGAUAAGAUGCUCAUGAGCAGUGUCAAGGACAACGUGGGCCGUGGACUGAACAUCGCCCUGGUGAACGGGGUCAGCGGUGAGCUCAUCGAAGCCCGGGCCUUUGACAUGUGGGCAGGAGAUGUCAACGAUCUGCUGAAGUUUAUUCGGCCACUGCAUGAAGGUACCCUGGUGUUUGUGGCAUCGUACGACGACCCAGCCACCAAGAUGAACGAGGAGACCAGGAAGCUUUUCGGCGACCUGGGCAGCAAGGCUGUGCGGGACCUGGCCUUCCGGGACAGCUGGGUGUUCGUGGGCGCCAAGGGCGUGCACGACAAGAGCCCCUUUGAGCAGCACGUGAAGAACAGUAGGCACACCAAUAAGUACGAAGGCUGGCCCGAGGCGCUGGAGAUGGAAGGCUGCAUCCCCAGGAGGACCACGGCCAGCUAGCCGGCCGAGCACGGGCACCGGGCUGAGCAGGGCUGUGCGGGCUGAGGCCGGACCCCACGUCAGGCCAGAACCGCUCUCUUGACCCAAUGCCUCGGGGCUCCGAGGCGGUGACCGGGGACCAGGUGUGACCCGUGGCAGGGAUCGCAGGGCGGGGGCAGGCGGGGGGCAGCCCCGGCUCCCUGUGUCGGGGGAAGCCAGGCACCCAUCCCCUUCUCUUUAUAAAGCUGCGUCCCCUGGUCAGCCCCGCCGGAUUCCCAGGCCCCCGCAGCAGCGAGGACCCCGGGUGCUCGCCUGUUGCUGCGCCAGGUCUGGUAGCAGCUCUGCAGCAGGCCGGGGCAUCUUCCAGAAGCUCUGCAUCCCAGAGCCGCCUGCUGUUCUUUGGGCCAAUCCUGUUUCCAGGGCGAUUCCUUCAGGGGAGCCACAGGUGGCUGCCUCCGGCCUCGCCGUCAGCGGGAAGGGGCCUCACGGGAGCUGGGCUGGCAGGGGCACGGAAGGAGCCUGAUCCCCGUUCCUGGUGCGGCGCGGCCGAUGGCGGCUCCCGUGCUUUGUCGGGGGUCCACCCUCCAGACGACCUCUCAAUAAAUUAGUGGCCCUCAGUGGAA